UCGUCUGCUUCUCAAACUCGCAUGUUAAUUAUCAAUGUAUUUUUUGUUUAAUGACUUUCACAAACAUUAAGUUUUAGCAAAUCGAAUAUAAGUAUAUUUUUAUCACGUACAAUAAAUGUAUUAUAUACUAGUACGUACACCCCCUUUGGUAAACAAACUAAGUACUAUAUACGGUGUUUCAGCUUGUCUUUGCUUUGUUACCGCAUGAGUCCCGCAGGUCUCGGUGAAGUGAAAUUAAGUGUUGAAAAGAUUAAAAAAUCGCGCAGCACAGUAGUUAACCUUUCUUCACGUUUGAAGCACGAAAAUGGAUGACGAUGGACCUCUGUGGUCAGUGGACUCUGUUGGAAAUUACUGGUUGAUGUUCCCCAACAAACAUGCUCUCGGAAUUGAGGAAAUACGUGAAAUUUUUUCCGAGUUUGGCUACGUCAAAAAUGUAACCCAAGCAGGCAACGAGAAGGGACUUCGAUUUGUACAAUUCACAACUUUGAAGGACACCGAGAGGGCCAUCGAGAACUUAGAGGACCAUCCGACUAUCAGCUUACGAAAGCAUCGACCACCAAAAAAAAACAAGAAUAAAACAAACACUGCUAGUAACACUAAUGUCAACAAAGAUGUCAGAUCGCCAAAUAAAACUGAUUCAGAGGAGGACUACAAAAAAAAUUUGUUCCAGAGAAAAAACCCUUUACACAAUAAGAGUGAACAGUUUAGUAGUGAUUGCAGUUCUCAAGUUAGCAGUGAACAACAACCUUACAGGAUUCAUUUUUUUCUGCUAGGAGCUCGGCGUCACUUGAUUCACUUGACAAAAUUUUUACAAAACAGGAAAAAGUCUGUGCUCCUCUUUCUUCUCCAGAAGUAACAAUGGAUGAUACUGCUUUG